AAACAUUGAACACUACUAUCACUACCACUACUACUGCUAUCGACAACAACAACAACAACAACAACAAUACCAACGAUAAGAUUGGGUUAAACCUCUUCAGCAAAACAAUCAAUCAAUCAAUCAAUUGUCUGAUUAUUACCACUACUUUGUGAAUCGGGUGUAGUGACCAAAACAAACAACCAAUCAAAUUAUGGCCGACGCCGAAGCCAAAGGACAACAAUAUUUAGCCGAAGCCCAGAAAAAACUUCGGUCUUCGCAGGGAUUCUUCGGCGGUCUACUCGGCGGCGGUUCCCGUCAGGACGAAGCUAUUGAACUGUAUGUGAGAGCGGCCAACAGUUUCAAGAUGGCCAAGAAGUGGAACGCGGCCGGCAGUGCAUUCUGCGAGGCGGCUGUCCUGCACUUGAAGAGCGGCAACAAACACGACUCUGGUUCGGCCUUUGUCGACGCCGGGAAUUGUUUCAAAAAGGCCGACCCCCAGGAAGCGGUCAACUGUAUUAUGAAAGCCAUCGAAAUCUAUACGGAUAUGGGCCGGUUUACUAUUGCGGCCAAACACCAUAUGACUGUUGCGGAAAUCUACGAAACCGAGUGCGUGGACAUUGAAAAAGCGUUGACACACUACGAACAGGCGGCCGAUUACUAUAAGGGCGAAGAAUCCAAUACUAGCGCCAACCGAUGUCUGUUGAUUGUUGCCCGAUAUGCUGCCCAACUGGAACAGUACCAAAAGGCAAUCGAUAUCUACGAAUCGGUAGCCAAUUCAUCGAUUGAGUCGCCACUGUUGAAGUAUGCGGCCAAAGAUUAUUACUUUCGGGCGGCGCUGUGUCACAUGUGUAUCGAUUCGUUGAACGCUCAGAUGGCCGUCAAAAAGUACGAAGAAAUGUAUCCGCAGUUUACCGACGCCCGGGAAUGUAAACUAAUUAAACAGUUGUUGGAAAAGCUCGAAGAGGCCGAUGUGGACGGCUUUACGGCUGUCAUACAGGACUACGACUCGAUUUCACGACUGGAUCAAUGGUUUACAGCCAUACUAUUGAAAGUUAAGAAGCAAAUAGAGUCAGAUUCGGAUAUGAAAUAAUAAUAAGAGAUCCAAACCGUGUGUGUGUCUAUGUGUCGGAUCUCAUAUCAAAAGUAGAUUAAAAUAUAUAUAUAAUUAUAUAUAUAUA